AUGGCUGUAAACAAUAAUGCCAGGCGUCACCCACAGGAGCCGUCCACAGGAGUUAUCCACAGGAGUCUUCCACAGGAGCCUUCCACAGGGGCCUUCCACAGGGGCCUUCCACGGGAGUUAUCCACAGGUGCCUUCCACAGGAGCCGUCCACAGGAGUCAUCCACAGGUGCCUUCCACAGGAGCCGUCCACAGGAGUCAUCCACAGGAGCCGUCCACAGGAGUCAUCCACGGGAGUUAUCCACAGGAGCCUUCCACAGGAGUUAUCCACAGGGGCCUUCCACAGGAGCCUUCCACAGGUGCCUUCCACAGGAGUUAUCCACAGGUGCCUUCCACAGGAGCCUUCCACAAGGGCCUUCCACAGGAGUUAUCCACAGGAGCCUUCCACAGGAGCCUUCCACAGGAGUUAUCCACAGGUGCCUUCCACAGGUGCCUUCCACAGGAGCCGUCCACAGGAGUCAUCCACAGGUGCCUUCCACAGGUGCCGUCCACGGGAGUCAUCCACAGGAGCCGUCCACAGGAGUCAGCCUUCCACAGGAGUUAUCCACAGGGGCCUUCCACGGGAACCUUCCACAGGAGCCUUCCACAGGAGACUUCCACGGGAACCUUCCACAGGAGCCUUCCACAGGAGCCGUCCACAGGAGUCAUCCACAGGAGUUAUCCACAGGAGCCUUCCACAGAAGCCUUCCACGGGAGCCUUCCACAGGAGCCAUUCACAGGAGCCUUCCACAGGAGUCAUCCACAGGAGUCAUCCACAGGAGCCUUCCACAGGAGCCUUCCACAGAAGUCAUCCACAGGAGUUAUCCACAGGAGUUAUCCACAGGAGUCAUCCACAGGAGCCUUCCACAAGAGUUAUCCACAGGAGUCAUCCACGGGAGCCAUCCACAGGAGUUAUCCACAGGAGCCUUCCACAGGAGUCAUCCACAGGAGUUAUCCACAGGAGCCUUCCACAGGGGCCUUCCACAGGAGUUAUCCACGGGAGUCAUCCACAGGAGCCUUCCACAGGAGCCAUCCACGGGAGUCAUCCACAGGAGCCAUCCACAGGAGUCAUCCACGGGAGUCAUCCACAGGAGCCUUCCACAGGAGUUAUCCACAGGAGUCAUCCACGGGAGCCAUCCACGGGAGCCAUCCACGGGAGUCAUCCACAGGAGCCUUCCACAGGAGUUAUCCACAGGAGUCAUCCACGGGAGUCAUCCACGGGAGUCAUCCACAGGAGCCAUCCACAGGAGUCUUCCACAGGAGUUAUCCACAGGAGCCAUCCACAGGAGUCUUCCACAGGAGUUAUCCACAGGAGCCUUCCACGGGAGUUAUCCACGGGAGUCAUCCACAGGAGCCUUCCACAUGAGUUAUCCACAGGAGCCUUCCACAGGAGUUAUCCACAGGAGUCAUCCACGGGAGCCAUCCACAGGAGUUAUCCACAGGAGCCUUCCACAGGAGUCAUCCACAGGAGUUAUCCACAGGAGCCUUCAACAGGGGCCUUCCACGGGAGUUGUCCACAGGAGUCACCCACAGGAGUCACCCACAGGAGUCAUCCACAGGAGUCACCCACAGGAGUCAUCCACAGGAGCCAUCCACAGGAGUCUUCCACAGGAGUUAUCCACAGGAGCCUUCCACGGGAGUUAUCCACGGGAGUCAUCCACAGGAGCCUUCCACAGGAGUUAUCCACAGGAGCCUUCCACAGGAGUUAUCCACAGGAGUCAUCCACGGGAGCCAUCCACAGGAGUUAUCCACAGGAGCCUUCCACAGGAGUCAUCCACAGGAGUUAUCCACAGGAGCCUUCAACAGGGGCCUUCCACGGGAGUUGUCCACAGGAGUCACCCACAGGAGUCACCCACAGGAGUCAUCCACAGGAGCCAUCCACAGGAGUCUUCCACAGGAGUUAUCCACAGGAGCCUUCCACGGGAGUUAUCCACGGGAGUCAUCCACAGGAGCCUUCCACAGGAGUUAUCCACAGGAGCCUUCCACAGGAGUCAUCCACAGGAGUCACCCACAGGAGCCUUCCACAGGGGCCUUCCACGGGAGCCAUCCACAGGUGCCAAUUACAGGAGCCAUUCACAGGAGCCAUCCACAGGAGCCAUUCACACCCUUCAGAUCUAA